AUGUCUAUACGCCGCACAGGAACGAGGAGAGUGCCAAACGGCGGCGCCCCAGGAGCCCCGAGGCCCAAGACGAACUAUCAGACAGUUCAGCAGGGCAUUAAAGAAUUGUAUAACCCUGAGAAGGAGAAAAAUCCCGCCAAUAUCGAGGUGGACAUUGUCUUUGUACCAGGGCUGGGUGCACACCCAGAAGACAGUUGGAAGUCCGAAUCUGGCUUCAACUGGGCAACAGGCAUCUACGAUGGCGUCACCAAGAACUCAUCCGAAUCCGCCAACAAGAAGGAUGGCCUGGCAAGGGAUUUCCCCAGAGCUCGGAUACUCUUGUAUCAAUACGAGUCUGCGUGGAUUGGAGAUCUCAAAGUCAGAGCCUUCUUGAGGGACAUUGCCAAGUCAAUGCUGGAGAGCCUGCAAGCAAGUCGAGAAGGAAUUCGAGAUCGUCCCAUCGUAUUUAUUGGGCAUAGCAUGGGGGGGUUGGUUAUUGCUCAGGCCAUCACACUUGCCGCAGACGCACUCCGGGAUCAUUUCCCAAGGAUGUUCGAAUGUGUUGCCGGAUGCGCAUUCUUCGGAACGCCUUUCGCCGGAGCCCACGUUGCAGCUGUGGCCUCCAUGCUCGGAGACGUUGGUGAGAAGCUGGGCGUUGCCAAGUCUUCGGAAUUGGUGAAGAUGAUGACGCCUGGGAACGAAGGCUUAAGAGAUCUGCGAAACGACCUUUUGCGGUUGGCCAACAAGUUGAGCCCGGCGAUCAAGCUCGCAUGUUUCUACGAGAAUCACCCAACCGACUUCACACAGGAGAGGUACGGCGCAGCUAUGUCGAAGAUCGCCAAGACCAUCGUCCCCAGGAAAGCCCAAGAGUUCGUAACAAGAGAAUCAGCAACUCUGGGAGGUGAUAAGGAAGAGAUGGGACUGGCAGCCAAUCAUCGAGACCUUGUCAAAUUUAGUGACUUGAAAGACCCUCGAUAUAAGCUCGUGAAGGAGCCCCUAAAGAGGCUCAUCAACGGCGCCAGCCUCGUGGCCAAGGGCCGACUGAACUCGACACGUGGCAUCGAGCCAGAAGUUGUCAAUGAGGUAAAGGAGUUGUUAAGCGGUGUUCAAGUAUCGAAGAAGCAAGAUACGCUCAAAACCCAAUUCCCUCCAUCUAUCUGGAUCCCCCAAGAGCCGGUAUAUCUCGACUGGUUAAAGGAGAGCCACGACGCAGAGAACACGGAACAGCAAAAGAGAGGACAGGUGCUAUACAUCCGCGGACCAGAAGGAAGAGGAAAGACGCGAGCUACCAUGGCAGCGCUGAAUGGCGUCCGGAAAAUGAUUGAAUCCGACGAGAGGGCAAGCAACGGGCAUUGGCCUCUCCUCUCUGCUUAUUUCUUUUGUGAACCUUCAUCGGACUUGUCUACUGCCGAGGAUUUGCUCAAGUCCCUGGUGCGGCAACUCAUCAGCCAGCAGGACACGUUAGCUGUGUACGCAAAGCAUUUUGUGAAGAAGAAGGGCGAUGAUUCUUCAAAACCCUCAGCAAAACUCACAGUCGAGAACUUGUGGCAGACCCUUCAGGAUAUGCUCACGGAUGAAUUCAUCGGCCGAAGGGUGUAUUUCAUCAUCAACAACCUGCACGUUCUGCCCGAGGAUGCAGAUUCGACAAAAAAGUUGAUGCAAUUUCUCAACGCGGAGAUGAAAGACCUCGAGAGCAAGGACGAUAAGCGAGUACAUACGAGAUGGUUUAUCACUAGUAGAGAGGUCUCGCACGUCGAGGAUGCUCUGAAGGUGGAUCAUAUCCGCCUCAUCGACCUCGAAGACGACAAGUACUGCGACCAGGUCCAGCUGGAACUGCGUAAGGCAGCGCAGGACAAGGUCCAAGACUUGGGCAAGGAGAAGAAGUACAACAAGGCGCUCACGUAUUAUGCGAGCAGUCUCAUCGGCAAGCGGGCAUCGAACAGCCAAUGGAUCAAGCUCUCCUGCAUGCAGUUAGCCGAGCUGCCCGAUGCUGAGAGCGAUCUCAAAAUUCGACACAUGCUGGAGAGAAUGCCCCAAGAGCUCGACGCCCUCCUCAAUGCAGCGUGGUCUCAGAUUUUCCGUUCGAAUGAGAAGGACAUCGACAAGAUCAAGGAGUUGCUGCGGACGCUUGCUCUCACAUUCGAGGAGCCCACGGAGGAUGAGCUUGUCGUUCUUGCCGGAUUCCCCACCACCCCGGACGGCAAAGCAGAACUCCAAGACCUAGUCAAGAAGUGUCGGCCACUACUGACUGUGAAGCGGAGCGGAAAGAGCGAGAACACCGUCGGCUUCAUGGACACGGUCGUCAAAGAACACCUUUUGGAGAAGGAGACAUCGAAGAGAACCCUGGGCAUGACGAGUGAUGAGGGGAAAUGGCAGCACGGCAUCAUUGCGCUCAGGUGUAUGACACAUAUAAAGGAAGCCUUUGACUUUCCUCCGGAUGAGAAGCCUGUCGAGGAGGUCCAUGAUGAAGACAACGAUUCAGAGGCUCAGCCUGCGGACAAUCAGGAGGAAGACGAAGAGGGGAGGGAUGAACAAUCCGAAGCAGAAAACGACGAUGAGACUGAGUCAGAGACGGAAAAUGGGAAUGAAGACACAGACUGGGACAGCGACGAGUCCACCUACGACCAAUACGAUGAGAAUGAGGAGUCCGAGGAGGUUCAGUCACUGGCCAACAAGGCUCUACCGUAUCCCAUCAAACAUUGGUUGCAUCAUGCCGGCAAGGCCACAUUGGAGAUAGCUGACGAACUCAGCAAAGACGACUUUUGGCAGACCCAGUCCUUGAUCCGAUAUCGAUGGCUGCUUGUCUACAAUUCUAUGACAAAGGUGCUCAGUGGAUUUGAAAGCAAGGAUCUAACUGCUCUGCACAUCGCCGCCGCCAUUGGCUUCAAGCAGCUUGUAUCAGCCCUCAUCGAUAACGGCCAUGGAGAUGAUAUUAACAAGCGAGAUAACCUCUUCAAUACUCCACUCCAUUUUGCUGCUUAUUUCGGAAGGACAAACACAGUAAACGAGCUGAUCAAGCGAGGCGCAAACAUCGACGACUGCAUUGAGAUCGGCGAACAAACUCCUCUACAUAUGGCUGCAUUUGCCGGUCAUGUUAAAGUGAUGGAAAGGUUGAUCAAGAUGAAGGCCAAUGCCAACGCGAUCGCGAAUGAUGUCGGGCCGGUAAUGAAUGCCGCCAUAUGGUCUGGUAACCAUGCCGCUGUCAGCUUGCUCGUCGAAAACCACGUCUCUUUGGCUGUUGACAAUGACAACUUCGACUCGCCCCUGGCCUUGGCUGGUCUACAUUCCGACAUUUCCAUGUUCGAGCAUCUCACAGAAAAAUAUGCCGACAAACUACCGAAGAAGGAGUUUGAUAAGGCAUUCGUCAAAGCGGCCAUCUCGGGUAGAGCAGACGUCUUCAACAAGUUGCUAACCUACUCUCCCUCCCCAGAAUGCUUCCAAGACGCUUUGGAAGCAGCAACUGCGGAGGAGAACUGGGAAAUUGCCAAGAUACUUCUGCAGGAACGCCGGGGCCUCAACUGCGACAGUCUGUUCUUGAGUGCAGCAACUACGGCAGAACACCAGGACAGUGUCUUGGAACUUGUCUGGAAGUACACAAACGGGGAUAUCUCCGCCGAAAUACUCAACGAAAGCCUGUACGAAGCCACAGAUCAUGAAAAAGAAUCGACAGUGAAGUUGCUCAUCGAGAGAUUCAGCGUUGACCCCAACGCGACCGGGGAUUACUAUGGAACUGCUUUGACUGCUGCCGCGAACGAUGGAAGACUCGACAUCGUCAAGUUGCUCCUUGAUAGUGGCGCGGCAGUUGACGCCCCUAACGGAUGGGCUAUCCAGGCGGCUGCCUCAGAAGGCCAUUGCAACGUAGUUGAAGAACUUCUCAACCGCGGAGCGAACGUGAAUGCAUCCACUUCGAACGAGAACUUUCCUCAAGGGACAGCUUUACAGGUUGCAUGCGAGUCAGGUAAACUGGAAAUUGUCAUUCUGUUGCUGGAGCGCGGUGCAGACCCUAACCUAGGUGCCGGAGAAUACACCUGCCCGCUCCUAGCUGCCGCCCGGACAGGAGAGCAGGAAAUCCUCAAACGUUUGGUGGAGGUUGGAGCAGACGUCAAUGUAUUCGCUGGCUGGGACAACUCAACAGUGCUGUUUAAUGCUGUUGCCAACCUCCCUGUCGAAUCGCUGCAAGUACUUGUCGAUGCAGGCGCUGACGUUAACCUGGCCAACGAGGAAGGCGACACGGCUUUGAUCAUUGCUGCUCGCAACGGAGACGGAGACAGCGUCAGGUUCCUCUUGGAUAAUGGGGCUGACAUUUUUCAUGCGAAUCAUGACAACGAAAACGCACUUCAGUCGGCGAUCACAUACGGGUAUGAUGAUGAGUGCACCGCGAUACUUGUAGAGCGCAUCUCGAGGCUUAUGGCGGCUCUGAAAAAGGCCAUGGUAGAAGGAAACACAGCAAUUUCUGAUGUGGUAGUGAGUAUCGAUGCUGGGGAUCAGGGCCUUGAUUACAACAAUGAGGAACCUCAGCCGUCACAGUUGCAGGCGGAGGAGCAAUCGAUGACCGGAGAGACGCAGCUGGAGACUAUCGACAACAAGAUAAACGACGUAACUAAUGAAGAAGAUGGGGAGAGCGCGGAGAGCGCCCCGAGAACCGAGUCGUUUCCGAACAGCGCUCAAAAAGCCGAGCAUGAAGCAACCGAGACGGAGGACAGCUCUUACCGGCCAGUGAGAGAGCUAUCUAAAGAACUCGAGGCUGCUCUGAGUGCUCAAGUCUCGCUGCUUCACCAAUAUACGUUUGCGCCUUUCAGACCAGACAAUGCGCCAGGGAAAGAGCCUGCAGAGCUUCCUUCGGCAACCAUUUCAGAGCUACCUCCUCAGGAAAGACAUCCCCAGCCAGGGAGGGUGGACAAAUCCUUCGGCCACUACGAGUUCGACCAGCUGACUCUCAUACAAGAGUCGUCUGAGAAGCCGGCCUUCGUGAAUCAGCCAGCGCUGCAGCGGGCCUCCCAAGCCGAGAAUGUCCCAAGCGAACCGGUGCUCUCACCGGGUCAGGGCCCCAUCCGUCGGAAGCCCGCGCCGAGCGUCUCGUUCGGCGCAGCGUACGCCCAGAAUCCUUCCACUGCACCAUCGGCUCCGCCCAACAAUCAGUAUCAGCCUCCACCACAGCAGCUGUAUCAGAGGGCGAGCUUCGACCACCGCCCUGCUUACCAAAAUUCGGCAUCAUACCCCGGCGCACUGGCGUAUCAAGGUACUGGAUACCCCGGCGCAAGCCAGACGCAGCCACAGCUUCCUACAAACUCGGUAGCCGACAAUAGAAUCUCGACGGAAUACUCGUCUGUGCUGCAGCAGCCGUCGGGUGCCUACCACGCCCCAUACGACCCAGCAGCUUGGGGCAGGCCGAGUACGGACACGCCGCCGCAGAAGACGCAGCCAUUUCCGGACCUGCCGUAUACAGGGCCCGGGGCGUGGCAGAGUAGUCCGCCCCUGAGCGGAGGCCAGCCGCAGCAGCAGCAGUCGUAUUUCGGUCCUGGUAAUGGAUCACCGGGCCAGCAGCAGGAAUGGUCAGGCCAGGACCAGAGGUGA